AUAUGUAUAUAAAAAAAACAAUUGACCACGAGGCUGAAAUUAAAAACAAACGUAAAACACAAGUUACACAAAUUAAAUAAAAUUAAAUAAAAAUUAAAAUACAAAAAUGUAUUUAAUGUAUUAUUUAAAUAAAGAUGGAAAUCGAGUAUACACAUUAAAGAAAAUUGAUCCAAAUGGAAAACCGACAUUAUCAGCCCAUCCAGCUCGAUUUUCUCCAGAAGAUAAAUAUUCAAGAGAAAGAAUAACAUUAAAAAGAAGAUUUGGUUUGUUACUCACACAACAACCAGCACCUACUUAUUAAUAUUUUACUUAAUUUCAUAUGUAUCAUAUGUAUCUCUAUUUAAUGUAAAUUAUAUUUGAAAUACAAUAAAUAUUUUAUAUGUAAUGGAUUAA